GCCGCGGUGAGACAGAAGAGUCAGGACAAGAGCGUCUCGAGGUAGGCACACGUACAAAAAGACUCAGAAAGCCAGCUCGGGCUUGUGGAGCGACAGUGUUAAGGAAAUGUGGCGGUGCGUUGCUCGUGGUCUUCGCGUACCAGCUUCCAAGAGAUCCAUUCCUAAUGACUCUCUUCGGUCUCACAUUUCGAGAUUUUUCUCUACUGGGGGCAACUCCUCAUACACUGUGGUGGAUCAUACUUAUGAUGCAAUAGUUGUAGGUGCCGGGGGUGCGGGGUUGAGAGCUGCUAUUGGACUCUCGGAACAUGGAUUCAAUACUGCUUGCAUUACUAAGCUUUUCCCAACUCGUUCACAUACGGUUGCAGCUCAGGGUGGUAUAAAUGCUGCACUGGGAAAUAUGACAGAGGAUGACUGGAGGUGGCACAUGUAUGACACAGUCAAGGGAAGUGACUGGCUAGGAGAUCAAGAUGCCGUCCAAUACAUGUGCAGAGAGGCGCCAAAAGCUGUCAUUGAGCUUGAGAAUUAUGGAUUACCAUUUUCCCGAACUGAGGAUGGAAGAAUAUACCAGCGUGCAUUUGGUGGUCAGAGCCUGAACUUUGGAAAAGGCGGGCAGGCAUACCGUUGUGCAUGUGCUGCUGAUCGAACUGGACAUGCUUUAUUGCACUCUCUCUAUGGCCAGGCCAUGAAACAUAAUACUCAAUUUUUUGUGGAAUAUUUUGCAUUGGAUCUUUUAAUGGAUAAUGAUGGUAGUUGCCAAGGAGUAGUUGCGUUGAACAUGGAGGAUGGAACAUUACAUCGGUUCCAAGCUGCUUCAACAAUUUUGGCCACAGGAGGUUACGGAAGAGCAUACUUUUCUGCCACCUCUGCACAUACCUGCACAGGAGAUGGUAAUGCCAUGGUCGCACGUGCAGGGAUCCCACUUCAGGAUCUGGAGUUUGUGCAAUUUCAUCCAACAGGUAUAUAUGGAGCUGGUUGCCUAAUCACAGAAGGUUCUCGUGGAGAAGGUGGAAUUCUUAGGAAUAGUGAAGGUGAGCGAUUCAUGGAACGGUAUGCUCCUACUGCAAAGGAUCUUGCAUCAAGAGAUGUUGUUUCGAGAUCAAUGACUAUGGAGAUCCGGGAAGGUCGUGGUGUAGGACCUCUGAAGGAUCACAUCUAUCUACAUUUAAAUCACUUGCCCCCAGAUGUGCUUAAGGAAAGGUUACCUGGCAUCUCUGAAACUGCUGCUAUAUUUGCUGGUGUGGAUGUUACAAAAGAACCCAUUCCUGUUUUGCCAACUGUGCACUAUAACAUGGGUGGUAUUCCCACUAACCAUCACGGAGAGGUGGUUACUAUUAAAGGAGACAAUCCAGAUGCAGUAGUACCAGGUCUGAUGGCUGCUGGGGAAGCAGCCUGUGCGUCAGUCCAUGGCGCCAAUAGGCUUGGUGCAAAUUCUCUUCUCGACAUCGUUGUUUUCGGUAGAGCUUGUGCAAAUAGGGUUGCAGAAAUUCAAAGGCCAGGAGCAAAACAGAAGCCGCUGGAGAAGGAUGCUGGUCAAAAGACAAUUGCAUGGCUGGACAAGCUGAGAAAUUCAAAUGGUUCAUUACCAACUUCAAAUAUUAGAUUAAAUAUGCAACGAGUAAUGCAAAAUAAUGCUGCUGUGUUUCGUACACAGGAAACAUUAGAAGAAGGUUGUCAAUUAGUUGAUAAAGCAUGGGAGAGCUUUCAUGAUGUAAAGUUGAAGGACCGUAGUCUGAUAUGGAACACUGACUUGACUGAAACUCUUGAGUUGGAAAACCUUUUGAUAAAUGCCUGCAUCACCAUGCACUCGGCUGAAGCCAGGAAAGAGAGUAGAGGAGCACAUGCCCGUGAGGACUUUACGAAAAGAGAUGAUGAGAAUUGGUUGAAGCACACAUUAGGAUACUGGGAGAAUGAGAAGGUCCGCUUGGACUACAGGCCGGUGCACAUGAAUACAUUGGAUGAUGAGGUUGAAUCAUUCCCUCCUAAAGCUCGUGUGUAUUAAUUAGUGUGCUCAUUAAAUUAUUGUGUAUGGCUUAUGCGGAUUUUUAGAGCGGAACGAGUGACUAGUGGAAACAAGAAAACACGCGAAAAACAAGAAGUGUUGUAGAUGCCUGAUUCCGCGAAUAAACUGAAGCGUUCAUCAUGAACGCUGAACUGAUUAUAUCAAGGCACUCUUAAUUACAUUGUAUUUGCAGUGCAAAAUAAUCGCAAUACAACGGAAAGAAUUAUUUUUGGCGGUAGAUA